GCCAUUAGCCAUGAUACCAGGCGGUUCAGAUUUGCUCUUCAAACACCAAAUCACGUGCUGGGUCUUCCCGUUGGUGAGUACUGUAAUAAUUGGGAAAUGUUUUCUUCAUUGUGUGGAAUUUCACACUUUUGGGAAAACAUGUUGGGUUUCAUUUCUUCAAGUGUUGCAAGAGACAUCUGGACGAGGGUGAUCGUCCCUAAAAGCCGGUUUCCAUUACUUCCGCUUUGCCUGCGCGGGCACGCUUUGAAAGGUGAUUUUUUUCUACUUUCAGAGGGUGCAGGUGCGUCACAAGGGAGUGGCUCGUAGUCAGGCGAUAACUUUACGGCGCUUGCUCAUAGUGUCCGCUUCGCCCGCACGGGCAAAGCGUACUUGAUGGAAACCGAGCUUAACAGGAUAAUAUUGUAGCACCGUACUCAUGUUAUGCAUGUGUUAUUACAUAACUGUAAGGAAGCGACGUUUUUGACAACCCGUUCGCCAACUGGAAGUCAAUCGAGCCAUUAUAGAUGAAAUCAUGACGUGAAACACCAUUGACUGCCGUUCUUGAUUUCAGGCAAGAACUGCUGACGCCAUCACUCGCCAUCUACAACGGUUUGAUUGACUUCCAGUUAGCGUAUGUGUUGUCAAAAUGUUCUUUGCUUAGGCUCUUUAGUGACCCACACGCUUCGACGGCUCGUGAAUCACUUGUUCUGACCUCGCCUUCUUUAUUACGUCAUCUGCAUGCACUGGAAUGUGUCUUACAACUGAACAGACAACGACAAAUUCGAGUCUAGAAUGUCCGUGAAUGUGACCCUAAGAUAUUGUACCUGGUGUAAAAAUGCGUGGAAUGUUUCAUACGUGUUUCGUGUGAAUGUCGUGGGAUUUAGGAGAGAAUACGAAGCUAACUAACUCAUGGUCAUUAAACGGUGCUUACGAUUACGAUUAACAUUUCUAUAGCGCAAAUUUACAUGUGGAUAUGAUCAAAUGUGCUUUACAUCAAGUAUUACGCACUUACGCUUACCUAAUAGACCUUAUGCAUAAUGACGUCACAAGGUUUGAUGCCCGCGAGGAAUGCUGGUCUUAGUAGUCAUCGCCCGGGAAAAUUUCGAUGGUGGCCAUUUUGAAUUGUUUAAUUUUCCUGGGCGAUGACUACUAAGACCAGCAUUCCUCGCGGGCAUCAAGCCAUGUGACGUCAUUAUGCAUAAGGUCUAUUACUUACUGAGCCUAGACUAUUUUAUCUUUGCAACAAUUGUGAUAUUACUUUCUUAAGUAUCUUAUCUUUCAACAAUUACCCUAAGUACUAACACACUCUGUCAACUUUCCCUGUGGGGAGGAAACCGGAGCACCCAGAGAAAACCCACGACUUUCGGCAGAGCGUUGACACUCUUCACAUGAGUCCAUAGCGGGAACCCAAGUUUCCGUUGGUAGGGAUGCAACUAUACCUGAAAAACACAAAGUGAAAUUCGACGUUUCGAGCGUUGGGAAGUUAGUGGCCAACUGGCACAGACUGUUUAGGCCUAAUUGGGUUAACUUAAUAUUCCUGGUUAAAUUUCCUGGUUAGUUCAACUUCUACUAUAGUCUGGUUAAUUUGACCAGGACUUUCUGCUAGGUAUAUAUAUAACCAAGGGAUCUGCUUAUAUAUCUAUACCUAGCAUAUAGUUUGUUCGAAACUUUCUGAAAAUUAUAAAGACGUCCCUAGUCAAGUAUAUAACCAGCAACCAGAUUGCACAUGCACUGGUUACAUUAACCAGACUAUAGUAGGAAGUGAGAUAAAAUAACCCAAAUAGUGUUACACUUACCCUUUUAUUUGUAAUGAUUUGCUCCUUUUCUGCACAGGAUGACUUUUAUUAGACAACCAUUAUGAAACAACACACAUUAUAAUGCAUUUUCAUUUUUAGGUAAGCACAUGUAUUUAAGUGCCAGGAUUAAUGACAGUUUAGUAAUAAGACCUUACACACCCGUCACGUCUGAUGAUGAAAUUGGAUAUUUUGAUCUCGUUAUCAAG